UACAAACACACUGGAUAACUUCAUUAACCUUGCUUGUCUUUUUAAUGGGGUUUUAUAAAGGGGCUCAUUCAAAAGUCAAAACGGCGUAAGAUGUGAUUUCACGCCUUUUUAGGUUCACCCUUAAGUGCCCAUCUUGCACGAGAUAAGGACUGCAGUCUCUGGCUGUUUGUGUGCAUGUCUCUGUGCAUAUGUUUGUGUAUGUGUGUUGGGAACACUCGAGCGUCCCCCGGCACACGCGGCGUUAUAGCGCCCGCUGCCCUGCGCCUGUUUCCGCCUGACUCUCCGGUUGCCGGGCGCCAGGACAAACUCAUGGUCUGUUUAACCAGAACACAAUUACAGACGUGCGCGUAAAUAUUUGCUCGGAAAACAGACUGACCGGGAGAGAUGGGUAUAAAUGCCCAAACCGAUAAAUGCCCAUAACGCCAAACACGGAGCGCAACAUCAGCAGCAACAUCCAUACGCAUGGCAGCAAGCGUGAUCAGAACGCUGAGUAAUUUUGGUUUGGCGAAACCUCUGCAGGCUUGCUUCCUUUCUGUAGAGGAUGAGGAGGAGACCGAAGAGGAGUUUGAAGUGGAGCUGAGACAAGAAGUUGAGGACAGUUUGGAAGAUGAAGAGGAUGAAGUUUCCAUUGUUUCUCAUGAAGAAGAGCCAUGGAGUUUUGAUCCCGCCCCCCAUAACACAGAGAUGACCAAUCAGCUGCUGCGGUUUGCUGACCUCAUCAGCCAUGACGUCCAACGUUACUUCGGGCGAACCCAAGACCCAGACACCUGUGACAUUUACGCUGAGACACCGUGUCCGAAGGUUGGGGGACGCCAACGCUACUACGCUGACUUCAUUAAAGUUGCAUCAUCAGGGCAGGGGGAGGAGCCUGAGUCGCUGGGGCCACUCGCAGAGCUCUUUAAUGAUGCUCAAAGGAAAGGGCGGGGUCUACCCAUGAGUCAACGAUCUCUACCUAUCAGCUUCUGGACAGAGCCUCUCUCACACCAGAUUGAUGUGUUAAGAGAUACAAACACACUGGAGAUCUCGUUCGGUAUGACCAACACUUCAGAAAGCUCAGAUAACAAUUCUUCAUUGAGCGUGUACAGUAACAAUAAUGUUUGCACGAUGACCAGCUCCAGUAUUUCAGAGACUCUCAGUAGCUCAAGUACCCCAGAUUUCAGUGAUUUACUUGCUCAUUGGGCCAUUGAUAAAGAUAGCAAUGAAUUCAACUGUGACUUUCAGUUAAUAUAAGAAACAUUUCUACAAAACAACCCCUUACACUGCAAACAAUCCUGUUGUUAAUCAAUGUUUUGUUUUCCAAUAAAACAAGAAUAAUGUAUCUUAGAAGCAAUAUAUGUAUUUUUUUAAU